GCGUGAACACACUGACACUCGAUCGAGCAGGACCUUCACGCUUUUUUCACGUUCGGGGAAAAAGCUCCAGUUGAAAUUCUCUCCACGUACAGGUGUUUUACAUUAACUGGUACUAUUUGGAGGGCCACUCUUCCCCACGUAAUGGAUUUCCUGGAUAUUCGCACCUUUCUGCUGGGCGUUCUUUUGCUCCUGGUCUUCCGCUGGUUGCUUGGCCGGCCUAAGAAUCUCCCUCCUGGGCCCUGGGGAUUCCCACUUCUCGGCUCCAUACCCGCCAUCGUCUGGGGAAUGUUUCGAGGCUCGGAGCCCCACCAUCAGCUCCAUAGGUACGCUGCCAAAUACGGGCCCAUAUUUCGCUUCAAGUUUCUCAACAAGACGGUUGUCGUCCUGAACGACUACGCGUUGGUGAAAGAAGCGUUCCAGCAUCCGCAGCUCAGUGACAGACCCAAAAAUAUUUUCACUGAAUUUUUAGGAUUGGAAGGGGUUGGUGCAUCUAACGGUGAAGCUUGGGCGGAAAUGCGUCGAUUCUGCCUAACUGUGCUCCGGAGCUUUGGAGUCGGCAAGUCUUCAUUCGAGGAGCAGAUAGGCACCGAGGCCGAGGAACUAAUCAAAGAAAUGGCCGCCCUUGGGGGCAAGCCCUUCAACCCUAAGCCGUUCCUCGGCAACGCUGUGGCUAACGUCAUCUGCUGCGUCAUCUUCGGCAAGCGAUACAAGUACACCGAUGAGGAGUUUAAGUAUCUCCUUGACUUGCUCAGCCGCAACGCCAAACUUGCAGGUGGGGGAGGCGCUGUCAUGGUCAAUCCUAGUUUAAGGCAUCUGCCCUUUAUCCCCUUUGCUGAGCUGUUGGCAAAUUUCAACGAAAUUACUUGCUUUAUCGGGAAUAUCGUCGACGCCCAUCGCAAAACUUUCAACGCUGACGAUUUGAAGGAUUUCACCGACGUGUAUCUGAUGGAAAUUCAACAGAAUCUAGCUAGAGAUAAAGAUAGAAUGCUACCGGAUGGGAAACAUCCCAAAGCGUCAAAGUACGGUCACCUGAGUGAGCGUAACAUCGUCGGUACUAUUAUGGGUCUCUUUGCAGCUGGUUCUGAGACUACUGCCACCACUAUCCAGUGGGCAUUACUGUACAUGAUGGUGUACCCUGACAUACAGAAGCGAGUCCAGGCCGAAAUCGACGACGUUGUGGGUCGCAACCGCAUGCCCAGAAUGGCUGAUAUUCCGGAGCUGAACUUCACUCGAGCGGUAAUCUGGGAGGUCCAACGUCUGGCCAACAUCGUUCCUUUGGGCGUCCCACACGCCGCUGCUUCAGAUAUCUAUCUCCGAGGCUACUUGAUCCUCAAGGAUACCUUUGUUUUGCCCAACAUGUGGACCAUCUUUCAAGAUCCCAAGCAUUGGCCCGAGCCGGAGCUGUUCAAACCAGAAAGGUUUCUGAACGAAGGCGGCGAGGCUGUGAAGGCAGACGAGUUGAUACCGUUCAGCACUGGCAGGCGCAGCUGCAUCGGGGAGCACCUGGCCAAGAUGGAGAUCUUCCUCUUCUUCGCUUUCUUCAUGCACCAGUUCACCUUCAAGACACCCGAAGAUUCUCCACCGCUGACGUUGAAGGGCAAGGGCGGCCUCACGCACUCCCCGCAGCCCUUUGAGUUGUGCGCAGUCCCGCGUGGCUAAUAGGAUUUGUGUUGAUAAGUGGAUGUACCGGGUCCGUUCCAUUGGUGAUGCACGCCUCACUUGAACAAAAUUGAGCAUAAGCAGGAAUAAACGACAGAAAAUCAGCUGGAAAAUGGAACGGGACCGGUACGCUUGCACCCAGUAGGACUUAAUAACCUUACGUAUGCAAGUAAAAUUCUUAGAUUUCCGGUUUAUAGACUGUUAAGAUGUUCAUUUGGUCAGCGUUUCUUUAAUUUCUUUAACUGUACUAAAUUGAUACAAUUAAAGCAUUAUGUUUACAAGCACACCCUUACUCCCCACGUAAAUGUUGCCCCAUCAAGUUUUGUAUCUCGUUGAAUCAAUACAAUGAUUUUCAGAUUUUCAAAGUAAAACUUUAUGAUCUGCUGUAGACGAAGCAAAAUCGAUGUCGUAUAUCAGUCAUGAUGUUGCUAAGGCAAAGUGUCUGGUGUUCUGGGCAAAGCUAACCUGAUUACGUACGUAGACGCUAUAAUAAAGUAGUUAAAUCCAUGCACCCCAAAAAAAACAUGGCCUUUUGAACGUUGUGUCUCUCAGAAAAUAUGCUCAGUACGAUUGAAAUGUUACAUUUUAAGGGAAGACGACAUUGUUAUAUUUAAUGUCAAUGAAAAAAUUCUCGGUCAUCGAUCCCGAAACGUCAAUUCUGGUUACUGGUAAAGCUGACCUUCAAGUCUGGAAGAAAUCGUUUGAAAACUUCCCCCAAAUACAAUUUCUAGGAAUCUCUUCAAGUUGUUAAUUCACGAGAAGUUCAACACUUAUAUCAUCUAAGAAUAUUCCGAAUUUCAGCUUAAUCUGUUGUUGCAAAUGCUAGUUUUCCAACUAGAACUAUAUCCAUGGAAAAUUUCGACGAGGAUUAUAUAAUUUAUAUAAUCCAAUGCUGAAGAUAAUACUUUCAAUUCAUUCAAAUGACUUAAAGUCUGCUACUGUAAAUCUCAAACAAAAUUUAAUUGACAGCUGUUUUUCCAUCGGGGCUGGUACAUACAUUCACUCGCUAAUUAUUGUUUUAUGCAACUUACAUUUAUUACAUGUCAAUUAAGAUCUGGUUUGUUCAGUUUGUUUCCUCAUAAUAAUAAAAAAAAAUCAGCUCAAAAUGAUUUCUUUCAUUUGACAGAAUGGCAUAGCUUCAAAAUUCUUUUUAAAGAUUAAACCGGAAAAAUCAUGAAAUCGACAGCUUAAAAU